AACGAAAACAUACUUAAGAUAUUUGGAAAAAGGGCAAAACGGUAUAGAUACAUAACAAAUGGUCAACUAGCAUUGCGUAUAUAAACCGUCGGCUAUAGAAAGCAAACGCCCUCAAAAAAAAAUUUCCCACAUUAUUCUCCCAUCUGUCUACGGUUGCAGAUUUAUCUUAUUUAACACAAAAAAAAAAAACAGAGUCCACGAGUUUGGGAUAAUUUGUUGACCGAGACAUGAAGAAAUCUGGAAUCAUUGCUGCUGCCUCCAUCUCUGUUGCUGCUUCAGCCACCGCCAUCUCUGUUGGCUCUACCAACACCUCCGUCUCCUUCUCUUCCCCGGAAUCUAAUCAUUCCCGUCAGGAUUCAAAGGGAAAACAGAGGAAGAAGGAAGGUUCAGAAGAUGGAGGGAAUGAAAAGUUUGCUCCAAGGUUUAAUGGGUUACGGUUCAUCGAGACGCUUGUUACUGCUCACCGAUAACCUUUGCAUUGUUCUCAUUUGGAAUUGUUUACCCAAUUGAUCAACAACCAAAAGAAUGUACUGAUUUUUUUUAGUGUUUCGGUGCUUUGGAUUAAAUUAAAGUGUUACCCACCAAGACAAGAAGCAUGAUUUAUGUUUAUGAGGAGUUCAUCAUGUUUCUAUUUAA